UGAACAUAAGAUAAUCCAUAUAUUUUCUGUUUGAAUCCAUGGAUCUUCUUGAUUUUUCCCUUUAAUGCGGAAAUGCUUGGUGUAACAAAUAGGAUAAUAUAAUAUAAUAUGGAGGGAUAAAUUCUGGAACCGAUGAUCCAAUUUUCUAAAAACAAGGACAGCUUUCCGAGGAACCCGUGUUGGAUGUGGCGUUCUGGUCAACUCUGAUAAAUCAAUCAAAGUGAAAAAACGCAGAGGCAUUUGAUUUGUUUGGCAGUGGCAAAGGUUUUGUGUUGUGUUUUUUGUGUUGUGUUCUUUUGAGUUGAUAAGCAUCGACAACAUCGAAAACGAUGUCGUGCGAGGAUGUGUUCAUUGGCGCCAUCGACCAAGGUACGACCAGCAGCAGGUUCAUAAUCUACGACGGGUCGAGUAAAGCCAUCGGAAUCCACCACGUGGAGUUCACGCAGUUCUACCCGCAACCCGGGUGGGUGGAGCAUGACCCGAUGGAGAUCUUGGAGAGCGUGAAGGUGUGCGUGGCCAAAGCAGUCGACAAGGCCACCGCCGAUGGCUUCAACGUCGACAAGGGACUCAAGGCCAUCGGUCUCACCAAUCAGAGAGAAACCGCUCUCGUCUGGAGCAAAUCCACCGGUCUCCCUUUCUACAACGCCAUCGUUUGGAUGGAUGGUCGUACUUCUUCCAUUUGCAGGAGACUGGAAAAAGAGUUAUCCGGCGGUAGAACCCAUUUUGUGGAGAAGUGUGGCUUGCCUAUUAGCACAUACUUUAGUGCAGUGAAAUUACUGUGGCUGAUAGAAAAUGUGAGUGCCGUGAAGGAGGCUAUAGAGAAAAAGGAUGCGCUGUUUGGAACUAUAGAUACUUGGUUGAUAUGGAAUUUAACUGGUGGGGUAAAGGGGGGAUUGCAUGUUACUGAUGUUUCUAACGCAUCUCGUACAAUGUUCAUGAAUCUAAGAACCCUGCAGUGGGACGAAACUAUAUUGGAAACUCUUAAAAUUCCUGCUGAAAUUUUGCCUAAAAUUGUUAGUAAUUCUGAAGUUAUAGGAGAUAUUGCGGCUGGAUGGCCAAUUACUGGUAUCCCUAUUGCUGGAUGUUUAGGGGAUCAGCAUGCUGCCAUGUUAGGACAAUCAUGCCGUAAGGGGGAGGCUAAAAGCACUUAUGGCACAGGUGCUUUUAUAUUACUGAAUACUGGUGAAGGGAUAGUUAAAUCAAAACACGGUCUUCUAACCACAUUAGCCUACAAGCUUGGCCCAAAUGCUCCAACCAAUUAUGCAUUGGAAGGAUCAGUUGCUAUUGCUGGAGCUGCAGUGCAAUGGCUUAGAGACGGUCUUGGCCUCAUUUCCUCUGCUUCGGAGAUAGAGGAGCUGGCAUCACAGGUUGAUUCCACUGGUGGGAUUUACUUUGUUCCUGCUUUUAGUGGAUUGUUUGCUCCAUGGUGGCGUGAUGAUGCUCGUGGUGUUAUUGUUGGAAUGACAAGGAUCACAAACAAAGCCCACAUUGCUCGAGCCGUGCUUGAGAGCAUGUGUUUCCAAGUGAAAGAUGUCUUGGAUUCAAUGCACAAAGAUUCAACACAAGAUUCCAAAGAGGAAUCCUUGCUUAGAGUGGAUGGUGGUGCAACUGUUAACAACCUCUUGAUGCAGACUCAGGCAGAUUUGUUGGGAAGUUCAGUAGUUAGACCUGUUGACAUAGAGACCACAGCACUUGGAGCAGCCUAUGCUGCAGGGUUGGCUAUUGGGGUUUGGAAAGAAGAUCAUAUUUUCAAUUCCCAGGAAAAGAUGAAGAAUGCUAAAGUUUUCCGUCCCAUAAUGUCUGAGGAAGUAAGGAAAAAGAAAUUUGAAUCUUGGUGCAAAGCUGUUAGUAAAACUUUUGACUUAGCUGAUCUUGCUCUUUGAUUGUCUUUUUACCAUUUAUCUUUUUAAAUGUCCUUCACUUCUGCUUAUAAGUUGAAGGGAACAAUUAUGUUAAUUAUCAAAUAAAUUUUACAUUACUUUUC